AUGGCGGCCAAGACGCUCUUUACUACCUGGGCUCUCGCCGCCCUCGGGGCCUGCGCCGCGAGCUUCGAAAAGGCCACGGCCGUACCCGACGGAUGGAGGAAACUAGACAGCGAGCCCGACGCCUCAAAACACCUGCAAAUGUCCUUUGCCCUGCAUCAUCCCGCGACAGAAGAUCUCGCCGACAAGCUCAUGGCGGGCACCCGCCUCUCGCUCGCCCAAGUAACCGAGAUGAGAACGCCCAAGCAGCGGGACGUCAGUGCCGUUCUCAAGUGGCUGGCAGAGGCCGGAGUCACGCAGACGAGAACCGAAAAGGACUGGAUACACGUUCGGACCACAGUCGGCGAGGCAGAGAAGCUCCUCGACAUGCGGCUACACCAGUACUCGUUCGACAACAAGCCCCCAAUUCUCCGCACGACCGAGUACUCGAUCCCCGACGACUUGAGUAAGAUUGUCAGCUUUGUCCAUCCCAUCGCAAACUUCAUGACGCCCACACACGAAGUCGGCCUCUCCAAGCCGUUGGACGUCGACCAGCAGGUUCAUCAGCGCGAUGGGGACGACUGCAAGACGGGGAUUCGACCCGAGUGUAUCCUCCAGCAGUAUAACAUCACUUACGCCCCACCAAAUGGCACGUCGCACGUCCGAUUUGGCAUUGCGGGAUUCCUCGAGCAAUACGCCAACUUUGCGGACACGCAAAUCUUCUUCGACCGCUACAAGCCGGAGCUUAAGGGCUACAACUUCUCGGUCGAGCUCGUCAAUGGUGGCGCGAACCCCCAGACGCCGGCCCUCUCGGGUCUGGAAGCGGCGCUGGACGUGGAGUAUGGCAUGGCAAUUGGCCACCCAAGUCAGGUCACGUACUACUCGGUUGGCGGCCACGGCGUGAAGCUCAACGACUCGGGAAAGCCUUACCCGGACGAGUACAGCGAUAACGAGCCCUACCUUGACUUGCUCGAGUAUCUUCUCAAUAAGCCCGACAGCCAGCUACCGCACGUGCUGUCCAUAUCAUACGCGGACGACGAGCCCACGGUUCCGCGGGCGUACGCAAAGAAGGUGUGCUGCAUGUUUGGCCUCCUGGCGGCUCGAGGCGUGUCUGUCAUCUUUGGGGCCGGUGACGGCGGCUCGGCAGGCGGUCGCAAUGCAACUUGCCGAGCAAACGACGGCACGAACCGAGAAAUGACGAUUGCGACGUUUCCGCCGAGCUGUCCUUGGGUGACGGCAGUCGGCGCCGUGACGAAUAAGGAGGAUUCUCCUCCUGGUGCCGAGUUUAGCAGUGGCGGGUUCUCGCAAUACUUUGUACGGCCGUGGUGGCAGACAGAUGCAGUCGAGGAAUACGUCAGGCAGCUGGACGGCCACCUCCACGGGUACUACAAUCCCAGCAUGCGCGCGCUGCCCGACAUCUCGGCGGUCGGCACACUGUACACGACGAUUGUCGACCACCGGGCCGUACAAGUGGACGGCACGAGCGCCAGCGCGCCCGUUUUCGCCGCCAUGAUCGCGCUCAUCAAUGACGCGAGGCUUCGCAAGGGGAAGAGGUCGCUGGGCUGGCUCAACAAGAGGCUGUACUCGAGCAAGGUGCGAAAGGUGCUGCACGACACCACAGAGGGCCAGAGCCGGUCGUGCGUGUUUUCGGGAGACAAGAAGCCGGGCGGGUGGCCGGCCAAGAAGGGCUGGGAUGCCAUUACGGGCCUGGGCACGCCGGGGUCCUUUGGCGACCUGCUGCGGGUUCUGGUCGAGGAUUGA